ACAUGUUAAGUAGCACAUUUUUAAUCCGGUCCUCUCCCCUUUUCUUAUUUCAAAGUAAUAGCUAUUUGCCAUUUCCUGCCUAAUGAUUGUGGUAUUUCUUUUUUGGGAGAAGUUAUCAAUAUAUAUCAUCUUAUAAAAGUGAAUAUCAUUUAUAGAAUAUUUUUUCAAGCAACGACAUGGGCAUCAACAUCAAAGGUCUACAUAAGGUCAAACAAUCCUUUGGUGUCAUCUUCAUCAUCUUCAUACUAGCAGCAAACACGUUACUGUUGGCGAAGCAAUGUCGUAAACCAGGGUUUUACUUCAGCCCCAAGAAUAUGAUCAUCAUCUCUUUAGCUGUUGGAGACAUUAUCUUUGCGUUAUUUCCCUUGGUGGUAAAUGCCAAGUUGCUCUUUGAUUUUCACUUGAGGGUCGCGAAUGGCUGUUCGGUUAUAAUAGCGGCAGAUGCAUAUGCUAAUUACCUGAUUCAAUUUGUCUACGGUGUUGGGCUGUUAGUGAUAGGAGCUGAUAUAAUAUUUCGUUACAAUUUACAGCACUGUUUGAAUAGAUACAAGCUUUUAGCAUCUAUCUUGGCAAGCUGCACCCCUUGGAUUUUCGGUCUUCUUAUAGUCUUGCCAUUGUGUUUGACAAUGGAUAAUUCAAGAAGCUGUAUGACGCUACAUUCGAUUGAAACAAAGACCUCAGUGUCUGUCUUUCUACCUGCAAGUCUUGCACUGAUUUCAUCUAUCGCCAUUCUAUUUUUCAACUGGGAAGGAUACAACGAUUCUGACAACAUUGAGACUGCUGCUGUAAAUUUACAGAAUAUCUCGGCGUCGGCGUCAGGAGAAGCUCUUUCAAGAGACGCCAUUCCCCUUCGCCAGCUCAAUCAUGAUCAACAUCAAAAUCCCAUUGACUGUGAGCAAAGAAGCCCCUUAGUCACAGAGCCAUCUCAACCGCUGAAACACCGAGUUAAUCUCCAACAAUCCCAUUACCCAGAAUCCGAGAGGUUGAACUUUGUCUGCUACUCACAAUCGAAUCUCACAAAAGAGAAGAUCAGAUUGGUUGUGAUCGCUUUUGUCUACGUUCUAAUGGUACUUCCGUUCUCUAUACAUGAAAUCUACGUUCAUAAAGAAUGGAUUAUAGAUCCCGAUGUCCGUAAAAUGGUGAAAGAGGUGGUCACGUGGCUAAUAAUAGCUAGAUCUUUUGUAACGCCAGUGAUCUUAACGUUCUUUAGAGUCAGAGAUCACUAACUUUACUGCGUCAGCCUCCUCUGUUUGGGACCCCUCAACUCAAGAAAACAAGAAACAGGCACAAAAUAGAGCAGUGAGAUUCAUAACAAACGAAUAUUCACAUUUGACUAGAGUAACAACUUUAGUAAAAUCACUAAAUUUAGAAAGCUUUCAGGAUAGAAGACUCAAAAGUAAAGUAGCGAUCAUACAUAAAACACUAAACCAUAAUCUUCAAAUACAAAAACAAAAUUUAAUAAAAUACUCAGAAAUACAUAAAGAUAAAGGCACAUUUCUCGUUCCAUAUGCUAGGACAAAUUUGUACAAAAGCUCCUUCUUCCCUAGCGCUAUUAGAGCAUGGAAUGGGUUGCCUGAGCUAGCCAGGAAAACCAGUGACUUGGCGGAGUUUAGGUCAUUGGUUAAUAUUGUUACGUAUUUCUGAAUCUUCUGGCUAAAUGUAUUAGUUGGCACACAAAUAAAAACACUGCAAAGAACUUGAA